AUCAAAAAUGCCACGUUUAGUAAGAGAUUCAGAUGAGGAGGAAGAUGUUAAGCACGGUCGUAAAACUCGUGCUCUCACCGAAGCAGCAUCAGUUGAUUCACCACUUCGUCGCAGUUCUCGAAUUAAACCAGCUAUUAGAGAAAAUGAAUCUUCACCAGAAUCGCUUUUAAGCGACGCAAGUAACGUUAGUAAUACACAAACUACUAGGGUUAGAACGCGACAAAAACUUGCCAUGGAUGGUUCUUCAACUGAAAACCAAAGAACACUACGUUCUAGGAUAAAUUCUGUAUCCUCAGAUGUCAGCGAAGUGGCAGAAACAGAUGUUGGUACAUUAUCAAAGAGAACUGCAAGGACUAAUUUUAAUGAUGCACUUAAUAAGACAAAUAAUCGAAGAAGCAAGCGAUUCACAAGAGCUGGUUCAGAAGCAAACUCACCACCACCAGCAACAAGAUUUACACGUAGUACAAGAGCUAGCUCUGUGGGACCUGAAACUGAUACAAGAAAGAAUGAAUCAACAUGUACACCUGUUAAAAUAAGAAAACGAACUUCAGUAUUACCUUCAGAAGUAACUGUUAUAGAGGAGAAGAUACCUGUGGUGGCAAUAGAUCGCACAUUACCUAAUGUUAACAUAGUUAAUAAAAUAGAUUUGAAAGACUCUCAUAAAGCUUCUGUAAAAGAAAGUGACAAUUUAUUAAUUGAAAAUAUGGGUACUACAAUGAAUGAAGAAGAUCCAGAUAGUUCUGAUAAUAUGCAAAAAUUAGCUCUAAGUACAGAAACAGAAUCAGUCAAUGAGAGCAUACAUAGUGAAAGCUCAAAGAAAAACGUUUCUUUAAAAGUGCGUAGAAAUUCAAGUUUAAAUAAUAGUAUUGAAGAUGUGGAGAGUGUAAAAGAUGAAAAUGAAGUGGAAAGUAACCAUUCUACAGAAAUUAAUACUAAAUUAUGUGAACAGUCAGAGAAAAUUCAUAAUAAAGAAAAUAAAGAUAUAAGCAUCAAAAUGGAUGUUUCAAUUGAAAAAGUAAAUAUGGAUGAAAUUAAGGAAUCUGAAAGUGAUAAAUCAAAUACAUCAGAAAAUAUACAUGAAAGUAAUGAAAUAAGUAAGAAAGCAAAUACAUCAGGAAGUGUACUUGAAAAUAAUGAAAUGAAUGAGAAAGCAAAUAUAUCAGAAAAUGUAAAUGAAACUAAUGAAAUGAGUGAGAAAGCAAAUAUAUCAGAAAAUGUAACUGAAACUAAUGAAAUGAGUGAGAAGGCAAAUACAUCAGGAAGUGUACUUGAAAAUAAUGAAAUGAAUGAGAAAGCAAAUAUAUCAAAAAAUGUAACUGAAACUAAUGAAAUGAGUAAGAAUGCAAAUACAUCAGAAAAUGUAACUGAAACUAAUGAAAUGAGUAAGAAUGCAAAUACAUCAGAAAAUGUAUAUGAAAAUAAUGAAAUAAGUGAGAAAGCAAAUACAUCAAGAAGUGUACAUGAAAAUAGUGAUAUGACUGAGAAAGCAAAUACAUCAGAGGAAAUUAAUGAAGUAACUGAUAAAUUAAAUACUUCGGAAAAUGUUCAUAAAAAGAAUGAAAUGAGUUCUAUAAAUGCGCUUUCGUCUCCUAAUUUAAAUAACGUAAAAUUAUCAAAAUCGUCAGACAAGAUACUAAUUACAGAUAUAUCCCAUUCAAAGCACGAGGAUACACAUGAUUUAAAAGACAAUAAUGGAAUGAAUAAUUCAAGUACUGGUAAUAUUUCAGAAUCUCUUGAUGCUUGUAUGAACCUAGGGGAUUCUACAGUUAUUAAUGUGAAUGAAGAUAAUGUAAUUAAUGCAGUUAAAAAUAGUCAAUCUUUCAUUGUUACAGAGACUUCAGUUGAAUUUAGUCAGGAAAUACCUGAAAGUGAAAAACAGUCAAAGAAAGUUUCAGUAUUGGAUAAUUCUUUAACGUUAAAGAACCAACGGAUACAUAAAUUGAGUGAAAGAAAAUCGAAAACUAAUGAAGAAAAAAAUAAAAACAAUCAAGAAAACAUGGAAAUUGAUAACGAUUCCGAUACAAAUGUGACAAACUUAUUUCAAGAUAUUCCAGCUGAUGAAUGGAAGCAGCAGAAGAAUGCUGAUACUGAUAAGAAUUCUGUACAUUCAGUGUCAACAGAGAGAUUGGAAAAUGAAAGCGAAGGUGAAUACGAUCUCGUUUUGGUUGAUACAGAAGCGUGGUUAACCGCGGAAAGUGCAAAGACUAAGAAAAAGAAACAAAUAUCUGACUGUGAUUCAGAUGAUACUGUUGUGUUAGAAACAGAAACAGAUUCUAUGAAAGCAGUAAAUGAGGAAAAUAUGGCAAUGGAUAUAUCAGAAAGUAAAUGUAAAUUAAAUGUCAGCAAAGGUAAAAGUCCGAAUACAAAAGGACGAAAAUCUAUGGAUCCAAAAGUAAUUAAGAAUAAAGAAAAUGUAAUAGAGGAUUUAGAAGACAUAAAGGAUGUGAAAGAUACAGCACAAGAUGCAGAAAGUUCAACAAAUGUAGACGACAAUAAAUCUAUAGUAGCAGAUAACAAUAAACACUCUACUUCGAAAUGUAAUAUUUCAGUUCAAUCAGUGAGAGAUAAAAGUUUAUCUAAGUCACAUAAAACAAUAGAAAUGGAAGAAAAUACAUCUAAUAAAAGUAAUUCGUCUGAAGAUGUUCCAAGAAAACGAAGAUCACUUAAUAAAUCAAAGCAAGAUAUUAAAAAUAUGUCUGAUUCUGAUAAUUCAGAAAAUAAAUUCACGAUAUUUCGUAAACUUUUCUUUAACGCAGAAAGCGAUACUAACAGUGAUGAUGAUAAGGAAUCAAGUAAAAGUAUAGACUCUGAUAUUCAGAAGGAAUAUAAUCUUUACGGCAAAGAUAUCUCUAAGUUUUCCGAUGAUGAUGUACCAGGGGAUGAAUGUAGAGCAUCAGAAACGGAAUCGUCAGAUCCAGAUGACAAUGGAUCAGAUCUUGCAGAUUUUGUAGUUGAAGAGGGGGAAGAAGAAAGUGAAGAUGAAGAUGAAGAUGAAGAAAAUAAAAGUGAAGAUGAAGAUGAAGAAAAUAAAAGUGAAGAUGAAGAUAAAGAAAAUGAAAGUGAAGAAGAAGAGGGUGCGGAAAUUAAAAAUAAAGAAUUAGAUGACAAGAAAGAUUCCAAAACACAUCAAAAAGAUGAUGAUGAAAAAAACAUGCAAGAACAAGAUGAAAAUAUGGAAGUUGAGGAAGAAAUAGAGGAGAAAAUAAUUAAGAGGAAAGAACAGAAUGAGGAUCAUAACCAGAAACGUAAUAUAGAUACAUCUCAGACAGAAAAAGAUAAAAAUGAAAAUAGUUUAGCUGAUUUAUCGCAUUCAAGUAUUCUUAAAACAAAGAAAAAAGAAAAAAUCCGAUUAUCUGGUGAAUUUAUAGUUGAAGAUUUAGAACAAUCAUUAAAUGAGUCUGAACUGGUAUUUAAUAAAAAAAUACUGAAACUCAAUUCAAUGGAAUGUAGUACUCCUAAAACUGAUAUAUCUAAACAAGAGAAAUUUAAUAGUAGUAUGGAAACAUCAAAAACAAAAAAUUCAGAAACGAAACAUAAAAAAGUAACUAGUAAAAUUUAUGAAGUUACAGAAUAUGAUUCUUUUGAUAAGGAAGAAAAUAAAAGUACAACAUUAAAGGAAAAAAGCUCCAAGAAAUUAAGUAAAACAAUAAAUGAAGGUCUCAUGCAUCACAUUCUUUCACCUGAAUUACUUACACUACUAACAAAAACAAAUCUUUCAAGGACAAUGUCUUCCAAAGUAGCAGAAUUAAAUAAAACAACACUGGCUCCUGAAAGUAUGACACCUACAACAAAAUAUUUGAUGAAAGAAAAAUUAAAUGUAAGUGCACCAGUAUUAAAAUUAAAUACUACAUGUAAAAAAUUAUUAAAUGCUACUUAUGAUAAUGAACAGAGUGAUAUAUUAAUUCAAAUUGAAGGAAAUAAUAAAAGUGUCGGUGAAUCAAAUAUAGAAACAACUCAAGGUGUAAAUGAUUCUUUAAAAAGAAAACUAUUUAAAGUAGCAGGCAAUAUAUUAAAAAAUGAUCAACAGAAAAAACUUAAAAAACGAAAACAGUCAGUAGUAGAAACAACUGAUCUUAUACUAUCUGAAGAUGAUUUCCAUGAAGCUGAAGAUGCAGAAAUUGUGAAGAACAAUGAACAUAUUCUUUCUAUUGCUAAUACUGAUGAUAAUGAUGAAACAGAAGAACAUGUAGGUAAGAAGCAGAAAAAGAAGAAGAAGAAAACAUGUGAGAAAUUUAUUGAAACAGAACAGAACAAUAACACAGCAGCAUGUAACGUGACAAAGGUAAACAAGAAAAAAUAUAAAACAGGUGAUGAUAUUUUAAGUUUCUCAAACACAAAUGAAGAAACUAAAAUUGUAACAAAAAAGAGGAAACUUUCAAAUGCUUUGCCAAGUGAAAAUGAAGAGACUAAAACACUUAAGAAAAAGAAAAAGCUGUUAAAUACUUUACCAAGUGAAAAUGAAGAAACUAAAAUACUAAAGAAAAAGAAGAAACUUACAAAUGUUUCAGCAAAUGAAGAAGAAAACGUUAAACCGCUGAAGAAGAAGAAGAAAGUUUCAGCUGUUUUGUCCAAUGAAAAUGAGGGAACUAAAAUACUAAAGAAAAAGAAUAAAGUUUCAAAUGCUUUGCUAAGUGAAAAUGAAGAAACUAAAACACUUAAAAAAAAGAAGAAGCUGUUAAAUGCUGCAUCAAAUGAAAAUGGCGGAACUAAAGCCCUUAAGAAAAAGAAAAAGCUAUUAAAUGCUUCAUCAAGCGAAAAUGACGAGACUAAAAAGAAGAAAAAAGGUUCAGCUGUUUUGUCCAAUGAAAAUGAGGAAACUAAAAUACUAAAGCAAAAGAAGAAAGUUCCAAAUACUUCACCAAAUGAGAAUGAAGAACCUAAAAUACUAAAGAAAAAGAAAAAACUUUCAAAUGCUAUAGCAAAUGAAGAAGAAGACAUUAAACUGGUAAAGAAGAAGAAAAAAGAUUUGUCCAAUGAAAGUGGGGAAACGAAAAUACUAAAGAAAAAGAAGAAAGUACCAAAUGCUUUGUCAAGUGAAAAUGAAAAUACUAAAACAACAAAGAAAACGAAAGAAGUUUCAGAUGGUUUACCAAAUAAAAACUUAUCCAAGAAAAAGAAAAAAUUACUAUCAGAAGAUAGUACUUUGCAGGAUGAAGAUGGUUUAAUGAAUGAAAAUAUUUUAGUUGGAAAGUCGUCAGAGAAAAAACAGAAAUUAUUACGAAAUAUUAAUCAGGAUAAUGUAAAAUUAAUAAAUGUAACGUGUACUGCAAUAUCUAAUAAACCGCAGCAGUGCAGCGAUGCGGCAUCUGAUUCAGAUGAGGGACCACAAACAGUUGCAUUUUCUGAAGCUCGAAAUGAAGCGUUAGGAAUGUUAAAAAGUACUUUGGAUACCAUUAAAGCUAAUAAAGAAAUGAAAAAGAAGAAGCAGAAAGAACAUAUGGAAAGGAUGCAAAGGCAAAAAGAAAUUAAGAUUAAGAGAUUAAAAUCUAAGAAUCAAACAGCAGAAACUAAUAAAAUUGAACCACAGAAAAGUAACAUUAAACGACUUUCUGAAGAAGAUCUUGAAAGAUUGUCUGACAUAUCGAGAUUACCGAAAAAAAAGAGAUCAUCAAAAAAGGAAGAUCAACUAUUAUCAUCUCGUUCGAUGAUUAAUUCAGGAGUUAAAGACACAAAGAAUGUAUACCUAGAAGAAGAUUCUACUCCGCUAAGUUCUUGUAUAAGUACAACUGAAUUUAGUGUUGUCAGCCUUGAAACAAUAAAAAAGAAAAAGAAAGUUCCAGAGAUAACUUCGUUCAGGCAAAAAAUGCUUGCUAGAAAUAAGCGAGAACCUGUAACUGCUUAUUUAAUGUAUUUGGAAAAGCAAAAGGCAUCAGGCAAAGCUAAAUUUUGUAAUAAAUCACAAUAA